GACUUGUGUUUGUUCAUCUUUAAGCGCAUCCACGCGAAUAAGUUUUGUUCAUAAAGACGCAUGUGUUAAUUCAACGCAUAGAUGGGAAAAACGCGUUUAAGUACUGAACUCGAGUUGCUUUUACAAGUACAGUAUACAAAUAAAUAAUGGCAGAAACAUCUGUCUCAAAUGAGUUAAACAACAAUCACACCCGUGAGAAAACAGAUGAAGUGUCCGCUGAAGCGUUAAAGGAGCGAGAUGACGGGCGCGCGAGCGUCUCUGAUGAGUCUUUGCAAACUAAACAAACCGCGUCAGGUAAGGAAAACGAGACGUCAAACCCCGACACAUCUAAAAACAGCAACUCGGAUUCAGCUUCUCAUAACGAAGAACAACCGAAACAAAAAGAAGCACAACAGCCUGUGACUUCAACUAGCCUAUCAGUUUCAUCCGAACCUGCUCCUAAGAUCAUAGCUGGCACUGCACACGUCAGAUCCACCACCAGGGUUGUGACUGGUACAUCCGGUGUGCAGGGAUCAGGGGCCACCAGCUUGGCACUGGUUCCUCAACCUGCAAAGGUAGCCGUGAACCAGCCCAGGGUCACCACUCUGACGCCAGGUGUGACAUUGUCGAGGAUUUCAACCCCGUUGCAAAAUCUGACGGUGACACGUGCCCCCGUGCCAUUGCAGCUGCCUGCCAACUUCCAAGUCCCGCAGGGAAUGGUGUUAAUCCGCAGUGACAGUGGGCAGUUGAUGUUGGUAUCUCAGCAGGCUUUGGCCCAAGCGCAGGCUCAAGGAAUGCUGCCAAAACCACCUAAUGCUUCGGCUAUAGUUAGACCUUCAUCCACCCAGGCAACUGCUACACCCAUCAUCCGAGUUUCUCUCCCCCCUUCAACCACUACCAACUUCAAACCUAACCCAACAACUGUAACUGUUCAGAAACCAAGGGCCACAGGGACAGCUAUAUUCACCCCAUCCGGUUCGACAGGAACAACCAUCACUAAACCAGGCAGUGUUAUAGGAACUGCGGUCAAAAAGCUCAACUCCACCGUGGGGACCGUUAUCAAAGGCAGUCAAAUGACUCCAAACAGCAGCACAGCGGGGACCUUUAACCAGAGGAGUAAUUCUGUCAGCGCAGCAACUGUAAUUAAUUCGCCGGCUGUAAAGUCUACGGGAAAAGGCGCUCUUGGUCAGGGUAAUGCCCCACGUAUGGUUUGUCCUAACAUACAAACCAGAUCCAACACAAACACAUCCUCAACCUCAGUCACUGUUACAGCGGACACCCUGGAGAACGUGAAGAAGUGUAAGAACUUCCUGGUCACCCUUAUGAAGCUAGCAUCGAGUGGCACUCCCUCGGCCAACAUGGCUCAAAACGUCAAAGCGCUUGUCAAGGGCCUGCUGGACGGGAAGCUAGAGGAGGAAGAGUUUACUGAAAAACUCUACAUGGAGCUCAAAUCUUCCCCUCAGCCAUAUCUGGUGCCUUUCCUGAAGAGAAGCCUGCCAGCUGUGCGUCAACUCACUCCAAACUCACAGCUUUUCAUUCAGCAGUGUGAACAAAUCAAGCCCUCAGAUUCAACCAAGGGUGCAACCCAGAAGCCCGCCUCCACCGUCAGCUCCUCCCUCAAAUCCACACAACCAACCAGAACUGCUCAGCUGUUGGUUCAGCAACCCAAAGGAGUAAUCGUCACGCAUUCUGUGACAUCAUCACCACAGGUGGUCCUACCUGCGCAGACCCAGUCUCAACCCAAACAGCUGGUCAUUCAAACCAAAACUCAUCCAAGAGGUGCUGUCGUGCGGCCUUUCCUUCAGGCGUCUAAAAUGCACUUUCCUCAGCCGGCCCUUGCAGCCCAGACGCAAGGCUUCAAGGACAGCACCCAAAGCUCUUUCCGAGAUGACGAAGACAUUAAUGAUGUGGCGUCCAUGGCAGGAGUGAAUGUGAGUGAGGAGAACGCUCGUAUAUUGGCCUCUGGCUCUGAGCUCGUGGGAUCAGUGAUCCGCUCCUGUCAAGAGGAGCCCUUUUUAUUCCCAUCAGCCCUCCAGACACGAGUGCUGCACAUCGGUGGUUCUCUGGGUAUCACAGAGGUAUGUCCUGACGUUCUUGAAAUGCUCUCUCUGGCAACACAAAAGAGACUAAGAGACCUGCUGGAGAAGCUCACUGCUGUGGCACAACAUCGCCAGAUCUCCUAUAAGGAUGAUUGGCGCUACAGUCAGACCAGUGACACGCGCUCUCAGCUAAAGUUUCUGGAGCAGCUGGAAAGACUGGAGAAACAGAGACGAGAGGAAGAAGAGCGAGAAGCGUUGCUCCGCAUCGCCCGGAGUCGCUCAAACAAUGAAGACCCUGAUCAACAGCGUCUGAAACAGAGAGCGAAAGAGAUGCAGCAGUUGGAGUUGGCACAGAUGGAGCACAGAGAUGCCAAUUUGGCAGCGCUGGCAGCCCUGGGGCCCCGUAAGAGGAAACCUCUGGAGGCACCCGGCCCAGGGACCAACCAGUUGUUAGGUCCAUACUGGCAGUUUUCGAUUCAGAGACCACCAAUACGAGUCACUUUGAGAGAUCUGAUUUUCUGCAUGGAGCAAGACCCAACACUCAGACACUCUCUUAUGAUAUAUAAAACAUAUUUACAAUAGACACACAGUUACACAUUUGAGGUAUAUGUUCAGGUGAGUUCAGUUAUGUCAUUACCAAGAUAGCAAAAAUAAUUGAUUUGAUGUUGAAUCCAUGUUAAAUUGGUUGAUUCAACAUUAAACCAAUUCUUGCUACCUGAAUGUGUCAAAGCGAUGAAAUGUAAAUAAAAAAGUAUUAUUUUUGUUUUUGUAAGUUUUGUCUCCUCAUUGUGCUGACUUUCAUGUUGAAUGUAUUUGGUAUGUAUGAUAUAUAAACGUUAAGAUUGUAUCCGCUUUGA